CCAUCCCCUCGGCCGGGACCUGCCUGCGAUCCAUCCCCUCAGCCGGGACCUGCCUGCGAUCCAUCCCCUCGGCCGGGACCUGCCUGCGAUCCAUCCCCUCAGCCGGGACCUGCCUGCGAUCCAUCCCCUCAGCCGGGACCUGCCUGCGAUCCAUCCCCUCGGCCGGGACCUGCCUGCGGAAUUCCAUCGGGAAUGCAGCCGUCCUUGCAGGGGAGGAGCUCCCACGGACACCAGCUGAAGCGAGACGCCUCGCCAGCCAAAGGUCAAGGUGAGAACGAUACGAAAUGGUGGCUGAUUUAAGAAAAUUAUUCCCCUUCCCCAUCCCCACUGCAGAGAGCAGUACUGGGUAAAGAUGCGUAACUUGGGGCUCGUUAUUGCACAGGGUCACAGGCUGGUGCUCUGCUCACGCUCAGCAUUUCUCCCUCUACUAAAGGAAAGGGAAGAAAAGGGCUGUAUAAUUUCCUAUUUAAAAACUGACGAUAGCAAUGCAUUUUAAUGCUGGUCACAACUGGUAUUUUGAGGAAAGGGAAUUUAAAAUGGAAACAGUGAGUGGCGAUGAUCCCUGUGAGCAGCAGGGAAGCUCAGGCACUGCUGGGUGAGGCUGGGGUGCAUUUCAUGAUGCCUUCGUGCUGCUCUGACCCUGCUCUUAACACUUGCCUGUUCGGAGCUCAGUAGGGGCAGGUGGGGAGGAGCUGAGUUCUUGAACUUGUCGAGACCGAGGGGACAAGAGCAGAGGCAGUUUCUGCUUCCCUGAGGGAGCUGAUGGUGAUACAGUGGGGAAAGGGAGUGUUGUCUUUUCCUGCUGAGCAAGAGGGCAAAUGUCUUGCACCGGGCUCAUGGAACAGUUUUCCGAGCAGCAGGGAGCAGGACAAGAAAUCAAACAGCUUUUCCUAAUACUUUGAAAUUUGUUGGUGUCUCUUGUUUUUCUCUUGUCAAGGUGUAUUUUGUGAAACCAUUGCCACACUCUGGCUGUGAUGCCCGAAUAAAAAUGGCAGAGGGAUUAGGCUCCAGAGAAACAGCACCUGUGCUGAGCCAGAUGACAUUUGUGCUCUCUUGGUCCACUUGGUUGACUAUUCCUACAUGCUCUCCUGAGGAAAGUCUGCCUUUUAGUUGUGUGUUAGGGCCAAUGAUGUCCUAGUCCAUGGACAGGUAUCCUCCAGGCUGCAGUAUUUUCUGUGAUCACCAUUAACUGCAGUGGUGUUUGUGCACCAGCUCAGCAGGGAUGGAUCCCCGAGCUUUUGUACAAGUGGUAGUUAUAGAAGAGAUAAAAUGUAAUCUUUCUUUAAGGUAAAAAGGAAGGUUCUGGAUGUAUAAACUCCUCUAGCCAAGCACUGCUUGCCCUGAUAUGACUGGUCUCAUUGAUUUUAAUGGAUCCAUGCUAAUUUGCACCUUCUGAGGAUUUACCCAUCAAUUUCUAUCGGUUUUACAGCAUGGGAUGGAGCAAGAAUGUGUUAUAGGUAGAGGGAAUACAUGUAUGUACACUCAACUUCUUUUCUUUUUCUUUUUUUUUUGUUUCUAAUAGCUGUGAAUGGGUUCUAGAUAUCCAACACAUAUCUUAGAGAGGAAGGCAGUGUACUCUCUUUUACUGCUCAGACUCCAAAUGGUAGAGACAAUGAUAUCCUUCCCCAGAGUCUUCUUCAAGGGGCAGGGACAGUGAGCUCAGUGUCUUGGUGGAAUUCUCCUUUGGGUACUGCCACUCUGCUUCCUGAAGUCCUUCAGAUUUGGUUACAAAUAGCACUACACAAAUCUUGAAAUGUUUGUCCUCAUUUCUUAUUUUGCUUGUGCAUGUCUAAAUAUCACCAAAGUAUGACUGCCUUUGUGCCUGGAUAAAGUCUUCUGAUAAAGUCUUCUGUUCCCAAUGUCUUAGUGAGAGUGCUUUUAAUAAUUUCUAGAGCAAAUUUUGACCAAUAUGUGCAUAUUUAUUAAAAAAAAAGAGCACCAUUAAUUUUUAAAGGUAAAUGAGUGCCAUCUCAUCUGACUUUUCAUCUGUCAUUUUCAAAGUUAAGUUUACUAUAUUUAUCCAGAGUUUUCCCUCUCCUCUUUCUUCUCUAUUUAGGCUGUGUGCCUGCUCUUCAGGUUAGAGCCUCUGCUCCAAAGAAGCACAUCUUUGGCAGGGAGAAAGGAAGCAAAAACUUUAGGUCGUUCCUAAUUUUUAUUUCCAUUGGUGUCAAACUUCCUCCUAAUCCAGAAGGAUUUGUUUAGUGCCCACUUCUAAGUCACCAAAGUGUUUGCCUGUGGGCUGCCCUGUCCCUUCUCUGGGUGUUUGCAGGGGUGAGGACAGCAGGGUGUGCUGGGCUGGCCUUGCCUCUGCACCCAAAGACUUCUCAAGCAGGCAAUGAUGAACUCCUGGGAAACUUCACAUAGCCAAAUCCAUAAAUAGACCCAAGGCUCUUGCAUUUGCUUGUAUAGUCUAUAAAAAUCAGCUUCCAUAUAAUUUGGGGUUUUUUGGAGGUGGAUUUUCUGUAAUCUUCCUGCAGGGAAUCCUCAUCAGCAUCUUCCUGAACUGUAGAUAAUUUAAUUUGCUCAGCCUUGCUCCUGGCAGACCAUUUCAAACCAGUAGAACUUGCAAUAGCAGAGGGGACAGCCAAUGGUCCCCAACACCUCCCUCUGCUCUGCUGGGCUCUGUGCUUAGGCUGUGCCAUUUCUGCAGCCAUGCAUCACCUCUGCCUGCAGAUCUCGUGAUGAUCUCCAUGGAGACCUGGGCUCUCAAGGCAGAAAUAUGAGCAGUGUUCCCCGGCUCGCUGGCAGCGUCUCCCCCUGUUGUCCGGCUCAGACGAUGCAGCUCUGCACCAUGAGGAAGGCGACGCAUCUCCCGCUCUUUGGGAGCUGAUAUCAAGUAGACAGGCACCUUCUGAAGUUCUGUGCAUGCUGUGCGCUUUUUCUUCUUUGCUGCAACAAGAAAAGCCUUUUCUUUUAACCUGGCUUCCUUUGAAGAAGUAACUCAGGAAGCUUCAUGGCCUCUCAAGAAUCUCAGGGACAAACCAACCCCAUCUUUAAGGAUUGCCUCCCUGGUUCUUCCGACAUCCCUGAACAGAAUAAGCCUGUUGAACCAACAAGUCUCUGGAAGCAAACAUCACACACUCACAACUUGCCACCUGGUCUAGAGUACCUGAACCAGCUGGACCGGAUAAUUAUUCAUCAGCAAGUGGAGCUUCUGGAAGCCAUACUUGGCACAGAGACCUCCAGCAAAUACGAGAUAAAAAACCAUUUGGGGCAAAGAGUUUACUUUGCAGUAGAAGAAAACGAGUGCUGUGACCGUAAGGUGUGCUCGCCGCUCAGGUCGCUCACCAUGCGGAUCGCGGAUAACGCGGGCCGGGAGGUGAUCAGAGUCAUCAGACCCUUGAGAUGCAACAGCUGCUGGUGCCCCUGCUUCCUGCAGCAGUUAGAAGUUCAGUCCCCACCAGGUACAACAGCUGGGUAUGUUGUACAGAACUGGGACCCUUUUCUGCCAAAGUUUACUAUACAGAAUCAAAGUAAAGAAGAUGUACUAAAAAUAAUUGGCCCAUAUGCAACCUGUGGCUGUUUUGAAGAUGUUGACUUUGAGGUAAAAGCCCUCAAUGAGAUGACAACGAUUGGCAAAAUUUCCAAGUACUGGUCUGGAUUUGUAAACAACGUCUUUACCAACACUGCCAACUUCGGGAUCCAGGUCCCUGUAGAUCUCGAUGUGAGAAUGAAGGCAGUAAUGAUUGGGGCUUGUUUCCUCAUUGACUUAAUGUUCUUUGAAAACUCUUUGGAUGGAUUAUAACAAGAUGACAGAAACAAUGAAAUAUGCAGAAUGUGUUUCAGGAGGUAGAAAUGAACAUAAAUUGAUCCUCUUGCUUUGAAGACUUAUACAUUAGAUACUUCCUAAUUCUUUUUCAUUUUCCUCCAGAAAUCACUUGAGCUUUGGACAUGAUUUUGAACUGCAAAAAUCCUUGUUCCUUAUAGGAAAAGACAGGGAGCUAAUGAUGAUGUUUAUUAAAAUAUGUCUCACGUAAAUAAUAAUUUGCCACUUACACUUCAUGUGUGUUGUAGCUAAACACAUACUCUUCACACAGAGCAGUGUUGCUUUGGAACAGUGCUAUUCUCUUCCUUCUCUUUUGAUGUUCCUGCAUGGGAAAUCAUGAAAGGUUAGGUGAAGGCUUGCAGCAUCACUGAUGAAAGUCUGUGUUUAGAGAAGCCUUUGAUGUUUUGCAAGUGCUGGUACCAGCUACCAACCCCACGAGGGUGUGUUCUGGGGGGGGGGGGGCUGCUUCUUUAAAAUUUUAGAAGUAAUUUUCUGAUUUGCUAUUUAAUUAAUAGUAGCAAACUGAUAUUGAAAGUAACAAAUACAAGGACAUCAUGAGAUGGGAAGUUCAGGAUGUUACCUGUUCCAGUGUGUUGAAAAAAGGGAAGUUAUGUUGGCAAGUAAAAUAAUUUUAUGGCAAAGGCUGUUUUAAUGAGUGGCAGCCAGAAAUUGGGCUUCCAGCACUAGACUUGGGAAUGUUAGCUCUGUUCAGGAAAUCUGGGCUUCCUCUGUUUCCACUGAAGGCAGGCCAUGUAAACGAUUUGAGAGAUGAUCCUCUCUGUGCUGGAGGCACACAAAGCACUUCACUUUGAACCAUCCAGUGUUAAAGAUUCUUGCUGCCAUCCACUCAAGGUUUGCCUUGAAAGGUUUGUUCUUUGUUAUAAUAUCUGGUGGUUGAUAAUUUUUCAUUCAGACUUGCCUGAGGCCAUCCUAGAACAGAAUUAUUCUUUUCCUUUGGCAAGCUCAGGUAUUUUCUAUGAUAGGGCUGUGCAAAAGGAGCUUUUUCUAGUUCAGUGGUUUAUGUAGCUGUUCAUCCCUUCAGUAACAUCUCAUACUGUUCCCAAACAUUCCCACCAACAGGUUUGUACUAAUACAAACUUCAUGUGAAAGCUUUGAAAUACAAGCUUUUUUGAAACAUCCAUGAUAUAUAUGGAAGACAUAAACAGAAACUUUUUUUUCUGUUGCAAAAUAUUUGCUUUAUGAACUUGCUUAUGCCUCUUAAAAACUCCAGUGGGUCCUUCAAGAAGCAAACCAGUGCCAUACAAUAUUGGUGGUAAACCCAACAUAAUCACCAGUCAAGUUUCCAAGGGGAAGAUUUUACAAAUCACUGGAAAUGCUGGAUUUUUUUUUUUUUCAGUGUGAACCAGUAAUUCAAUUCUUGCAAACAACCAACACAUCAACGGAAAGAGAGGAGAUAAUGAAUAAUUCAUAAAAAUGAAAAAGAGCUAAAUUUAUCAGGUGAUUAAUUCUCAACAAAUAUUUAGACUAAUUUUAAAUUAAUGUUCAUGGAUAUGAAUUCAAACACAGUGAAGUCAGGAAGUUGCAACUAACGUUCCCAUAGUGAAAUUAACUCAGGAAUGCUUAUAGAUUUAAACAGUAUGUUUUAGAUUAUAUACCACACUUAGGUAUUUAUACAGAUUUACAUAUGUCUUGAAAAUAAUUGUGGUUAACAAGCUCUGACAAUCAUCAUUAUCUGUUAACCAUUUCGUUGCUGUAACUCAGCAGUGCAAUCAGGCUGCACGAGUUAUGAGCUCACAGGGAACCAUUGCUGCACCUUUCCCAGGAGCAGCACCCUGUCAGCUUCGUGGGCAAGAAGCUCCCUCGUGUGGAAAUUUAUGGUUUUGCAGAGGAAUAAAGGAUGCUUUUUGCUAUUCUCGCUAAUUUCACACUGUUAAAUCCAGCCCUUUCACUCCUGACUUACUCUGAUGUAGACUGAGAACAAGAACCAGAUCUUUAUAUUAUUUUUUUUUCUUUAAAUCCCUUUUCCAUUUUAGACAGAAGUGAAUACUAUUGUAGAGCAUAAUCUUGGGUCUUGUGCAAAGCCACGUUUGUGCAGUGUUGUUGAGCUGUGUGUGUCUGAACUGUCAGCCUGGUAAGAUCAGCAGGAUCCCCUUUUCCUCUGCAAUUUCAGUCUUCUUAUGACCCUUAACAAGCCAAAGACAUCUCUGAAGCAAAUCUGUCCUGCCUCCUUAGAAGUCAACACCAAAUAGGGUUUUAUUUACCUGCAGGGCUGAGUUUGGCUAUGAGUGUCCACGUAAAUACCUUGUAGGUAAGCAAAACAUGCAUAUAUAUUUUUUUUAUGAAUUAUGAUAAUACUGAAUUUCUUGCAAUUAGUGACAUUAUUGCUGUUUUGUGUGUUAACACAACUUUUUUUUGCUGUUAAUGUGUAUGGAUACGAGUAUGUUUGAAUGCCUCUGGUUCCCCUCAGAGGCAGCCUCUGGGACUUGCAGGAAGAGACUCAGGCCCUGAAGAGAAGAAGCACUGGGGCUGGGAUAGCUCUUCCUCCUUAGAACUCCCUCAGCAGCCCGCUGGACUUUCGUCCCACCCAUCAGCAUUCUGGUAGAAAUUCAGUGCCAGUUCAGUGCCAGUUCUUUUUCAACUGGAAGGUCAUUCCUCCUGAUCACAGCUGUGACACAGAGGCAAGUAUUCAUCCUCAGCAAAGAGGAUGGAGUUCUGAGUGAUAUUACUGAAGGAGAGCUAAUGUGGACUAAGAUUUUAAUAACCUGCAGCUCUGACUAAUAACUCUUAUUAACAGCAGUGUGUUUCACAUUAUGGGAGCUGUGCAUGCUCACCUUUCCCAGUUCCCCCCAGGCUAGAGUGGCUCUCCAAAGGAGAACUCAGUGUCUCCCAGAGGGUCACAGGUAUUCUCUAAAGCAAAUUCCUGUUCUGGUUAUCAUCUAGAAACAAGCAUGAUAGUUCUAACGAAACAGAAAUUGUACUAAAUCCAGCCAAGCAUAUAUUCUCUCUCUCACUCACUAGACAGACUGUAAAUCUAUGUAGCACACACUCCUCGUGUUCAGUAGAUGGCAGCAACAGCUCAUUAUGGCAAUAUUUCCCUUUUCACAUACCAUAAACUGUACCCAGGAUGCAGAUUAAAGUUCAACAUAGCUUUAACCUCUAACUGAAUUCUGCUCUUAACUGGAGGAUUUUAUUUCAUGUGUCUAGUAUUAAACCUCUGUCACACAAUGCUGGGUUAUCUUUGUUGUCUGCAGCUUACAGCUGGAUUGUUGGUUAUUUUAUGAGAUGUGGUUGAGGCGUGGGCAGAAUACAGUCUACCACAAAGUGAGCUCUUCUGGUCAGCACUAAACCUGUUUUUUGCACCUGGAGCAUCUCUCCAGCUUCCACGGGUGGACAAAGGAGAAGCCCCAGCCCCAGGGCAGUCCCCACCUUCUGCAGAAACAGAAAGUGCCAUGUCUAAAAGAGGUUGCUUUUUUGGUGGUGUCCCUAGAAAUGCAGAUGUUUUCUGUGGGCAAAAUGACAUGUCAUGCCAUGUCAUGACAGUCUGUCACUGUGUGCUCUUCUGGGACAGAGGGAUGGAAAUCCCCUGUAGUGCCACAAACCAGAUGACACCAAUACCUGGGGAGGAGCUGGUCUGUCCCUGGGAAGAUCGAAACAGAGUAGAGACGCAUCAUCUCUGUAAGCUCUGAGAUUUUUUUUUUGUUGUCUUAAAAUUUGCUGGAUGCAAAAGUGUACUACUCUUCAUAGACUUUGAUGUGUGUAUUGAAAAAAUCAUUUUGUGUCAAUUGUGUUACUUGUUUUAGGAUUAGACAAACCUGGAAAUGAUCCAAAAUACACAUUUUCUAAUAGAGUUGUCUAAGUGGAGCUGUUUGGAAAAAAAAAAUAUGGAAUUUUGCCCUCCUGACCCUCAUCUUAAUUGUAUUGAUUUCUUUUCAAUUAGAAUGGUAUGUUCUAUGUUAGAAUGAUAAAUACUAGUUUAAUUCAAAUAUAAACUUUAGGUUUUAAGAUGUGCUUUUUCUUCCCUAAAACUGGAUCCCUUGGAGGGCAAAACCCACUUUAGCUCCUUAGGGAAAAUUACCUCUAUACUGUGAAAAGAUUUUUUUUUUUUUUUCCUGGAAUCCUGAAUGUUUUUCUAAACUUGAUCCCUCUUAGGAAUAGCUUCCUUAAUGCCAAAUCAUUACUGAAGUACUCUAUUAGCACAUGCCAGAAGAUAGCAUCUUAUCCAUGAUUAGUCAGCAUUUUAUUACUUCAGUCAUCUGAAAUGUAGUUAACAAAACAAUUUAAAGCAUAAUAGUAAUUACUUUUUGGAGAGAGACAGCCCAGGACAGAUAUAACUUUCAGCUUUCUUAAGUAUUUGUUAGUAUUAUGCUUACAAAAGCACAUGAAUGUUUACAAAAGAAAGGUCAGAAGGACAGAGAGUGAUGGGCGCCCAGUGGCUGUGCCUCCUUCAGUCUUGAUUUUGGAAUAACUUUACUGUAUGACAUGGAUUAAAUCCAUCCUCUUCAUUUAAUGUCCUCCUUCAUGAGGAAUAAAUAAGUGAAGAAAUCUUGUAUAGACCCAAUUUCAGUGCUUUCACAGGCUACAGGUUCAGUGCCAUGUAUUUCAUAUUGCACGGCAUCUGGCACAGAGUAGGUCCCAAAAUCUGAAUACUGGCAAACAGCUUUAAGCAUUUGAGCAAUUUCCAUGCCUAUCUAAGUGAGCACUUUGUGGGCUCUUAUUUCUAAAGAGCCCAGCUCCUUGCAGGUUUGUUCCUCGAAUAACUGU